AUGCCUCGCCACCAUCGCCGCGAGCAGCUUCCGCUAUUCAUCAAGCGCGCAUUAUGCGCGCAUCACGUCGAUUAUCCCCUCCUGCGCCACGUCGAUCUUGCACGCUGGGUUUACGCCCAGUAUGGCCUGCGACCUGACCGCUCCACGGUCGGCCGCAUCCUGAAGAAUGCGGGCCGCUGGGCUCUGGAGGAACCCAACGCCCCCAAUCAGGUGCGGCGCCGGGGCGGCGCAUGGCCUGAGCUUGAGCAGGCCAUGGCUCGCUGGAUCGCAAACGCGGGCCCCGCGGGCGUGCCACUCACUCUGCAGACGAUACGCGACCACGUGGCGACGAUGGCGCGACGCAUGGGCAUUCCGCCCGCGUUCCGUUGCUCCAUUGGCUGGGUCCGCCGUGCGUUGAGGCGCCAAGGAGUGCGGUGCCGUGCAGCCAUCGGCGAGGCGGCGAGCGCCGACAUGGCGGCUGUGCGUGAGGCGCGUGAGAAAGUGCCGCAGCUUCUGACUCACCUCGGUUACCAACCGCGCGACACUUUCAACUUUGACGAGACUGCGUUGUGGCUCUCUGUGCUGCCGCGUAAGACGUACAGCAACGCGCGCAUUCCCGGGCGCAAGGUCUCGAAGGACCGCCUGACGGUGGCUUUUCUCGUCAACGCUGACGGGAGCCACGUCUUCCGGCCGUUGGUCAUCAGCAAGGCGCGCCGUCCGCACGACUUCAGGCCGGACUACGACCCGGAAGCUCUGUGCUACUGGCGGCACAACGCGAAAGGCUGGAUGACCAGCUCGGUAAGUCACAGGCGCCUGCGUUAUUGCGCGCAUUUACCCCCCUUCCCCCCACACCCCCCCCUCACCGUCCCCGUCCACCCUCCCUCCACUCCCAUCCAACAGUUGUUCACGCAUUUCAUAUCGCAGCUCAAUGCCGCGAUGUAUGCCGAGAGGAGGCACAUCGCGGUGCUGCUCGACAAUGCAAGCUCCCACAUGCUGCGGGACGAGUGCGCUUGGAGCGAAAUCGUCUGCGGCAUGCGGACCACUUGCCUCAGCAAUGUGCGCCUCGUCUUCCUGCCGCCUAACACAACCUCCUACACGCAGCCCCUCGACCAGGGCAUGAUCGCGACAGCGAAGGCCCGCUAUCGACAGCACUGGCUGCAGGCCUUCACUGCACUGUGGAAUGACGACGGCGCAACCAGUGCCGUCGCCCGCUGGCGCCCCAAUCUUCGCGACGUGCUCGGUUGGCUCUCCGACGCCUGGAUGAGCGUCGGAGCGCGCACCAUCCAGAGGUGCUUCUGGCGCACGGGCUGCUUGCCUCUAUCGUGGUCGCUGGAACUCACGCAUGUGCAUGAUGACGAUCCCACCCCCCAUGCUUACCCGGACAUUGAGCUCGACGACGACAUCGACAAUGUCGGGGAGCUCAUAUGCGGGCUUGGGCUCGGCGCCGGCGCAAUGACCGCCGCCGAGUACGUCGCCAUCGACGAGGGCGAGCCGACGUGCGCGGAGGCGGCGGCGGGAACGUCUCCGGAAGAUGCGGACGUGGGCCUGGUGGCGGAGCUAUGGAGGGCGCCGACCACGAUGCAGGCCGUGUAUGACGACAACGACCCCAUCGGCCGUGAGGCGCGGCGCACGGCACGGGCGGCCAGCGAGAUGCUCAUCGGCUACGCGCGCGCUGUGAACGUGACCCCGCGCGACCUGUGCCACCUGUUCGACAUCCGGAAUCCGGUCAUCAUUGAGCGCAUGGAGCGUGCAAGCCCCGCGCUGGCUCUCAGCAUGGCCCCGCCGCCCAGGCUUUCGACGAGCCCAACCCCGCCGGAGGAGGCCCAGCAUCCGCGGGGCCGUGUGCUGCCUGGCUGGAUGACCCAGCCGUCCCGCCGUCAGCAGCUUCUUGACGCCGGGGUUGGCGCCGCGAUGGGCGGGUACGUGGAGGCGGCCGAGUGGAUGCAGGUAGCGCAUCCACCGGCGAUGACUAGUACCGUAGCUGCCAGCAACGACAGAAGAACGGCCACUACCAGCGCCUUGGCGUCGCCGAGGUCGCGCGGCGUGCUUUGCGAUAAGCGGGAGGCUGUCGCAGCGAGCAGCAGCACGUGCGAGGGCGUCGCGCCUUGCGACACCAGCACGCCCUGCGACAUCGCCAGCACGUGUCUUCACACCGUCCGCCGUAGUAACUGCGCCCUGCACGCUUGCGCGGGUCUCGCGAACGACGCUACCACUAGUAAUAACAGCGAGUCGCACCCAGGUGGUGAGGAUAGUAGUAGCAUUGGUGCUGCGGCCGCGGUGGGCGCGCCAUGUUCAGUCGCGGCUGACGAGUCUCCCGAAGUCGCUGCCGUCCCGACGCCGCAUGUUUUAAUUGCGGCGCUAAAGAGCCCCAACGGCCCAACGCAUCGCAUAGAAGAUUCCACGGCCCGGGCAACCCACGACAAUCCGACACGGGACGCUGCGAAUUGCACAAGUGGUAGUGCAGCGAGUGCAGCGGCUGAGUGUAGCGCUGUUUCUAAGAGACCUAGCAGUCCUCGAAAAGCUAUUCUGGAUGUGUUGCGCUGGGGCCCACUGCACGGCGAACGGGGAGCUCUAAAACGGGGAUGGUCUCGCAUCGUUAGCUUCGUGCGGAGAGAAAACCGGCAGGCGCGGGAGCAGAAGGAGUUCGAGUCGAGGAAGAGACAGGAGAAAAGCGCAGCCGCCGUGAGGGGCGGCGGAGAGGCUACUAUCACCAGCAUUAGAGCCGGCGGGGAGGCUCUUGCGAGCGAGAGUAGCGCCAAUUCGCGGUUGACAUUCGGCGAUUGGGCUUCUGGCGGAGGCGCGACCAGCACCAGCCCUGGCGAUCCGAAGGCGCGGCUGGUGCAGGCUUCGCGGAAGCCGGCGGAGAGCAGCGCAGGUUGCAACGGGACGUUGCGGAAGGGCGGGGGGGGCGCGGUAUGCGCGGCAUUUGUCCCCACGAUGAUGUGCGUGAAUGAAGGGGCGAGGAAUGGGGAGCGUGGGACGCGGGAUUGGGAGCCAAGUGGGGAGGGGGACGGAGCGGUUGAGUCGGGUACAGGGGGCGGUAAUGAUGACACGGAGACUUCUCUCAGCUUCCAUGUGCGCCGGGACUGGGGCGGGGAUGAGCAGGCGGAAGGGGCCGACGAAGGACAGGUGGAGGUGGUAAGCCGCGGGGCGGAAGCGGAGGAGUUGGGCGGGCCGGGGUGGACGCACCUGGCAAGAGCUGCUCUGGAGCCGUGGGAGGUGUGCGAAGGCGUGGGCGCCGUGCGGGCUGUAGACGAGUGCGGCUAUAGCGGGGAUGGAGUGGGAGGAGAGGGAGGUUGCAGCGAUGGUGGGGAGGCCGUGCUGGUGUACGUUCCUCACGUCAACCCGUCACCACAGCCGCCGACAGCACUGCUGGCAGCGGCACUGCAACGCACUGCUGCUCAUUGGAAGGGGGCAGAGAUGCGAGAAGCAGCAGAUGAGGAGGGGUGCAGAGGACAAAAAUGUGUGAGUGCCAGGGAUAAGGAUGACAUCAACGCUGGUGUGGGCGAACAAGGGGAUGCGGAUGAGAAGCAGUCACAACGGAUGCCAUCAAUGCCGUCGCUGACGAUACCAACAAUGCCAAGUCCGCGCACUGCGGCUUCUGUCAUACGCAAUGCUCGGCGCAUAACAGCUCCUGCUCUGGCUCACGAGCGAAGCUUUCUAACCGCGACACACGGCAAGGGAACAAUCUAG